CGGACGUCGAACGAGGACGGAGACGAGGAGACGUUGGAGAUUGAGAACGAGACGCUGACGCGACGCGCGGGGGGGGUGGUUCGCGGACGAUGGUCGUGCGAAGAGAAGGCGACGGCGGCGACGCGGUGCGCGUUUAAAAGCGACGGCGAGCGGCGCGGGUGGUUUUGGUGCGCGUUGCAUCGAGAUUCGUUCAGCUUGUUCGGGGAAAACGGGGAGAUGCGGAGAAUGCCGAUCGGAUUCGAGGCGUGCGCGCUCGCGGCGACGAGGGAGGGGGUGUUGUUCGUCGCGAGCGACGGCGGCGGCGUGGCGCUCGUCGCGCACGCGUUGGACGAACCGACGCCCGUCGAGGGCUUGAGCGACGGCGUCUUCGUCGCUUGGAGCGAUCCACAACGAUCGGACGUGUUGUUUUACGCGCAUUCGCGACGUGCGCUCGAGCUUUGGACGAUCACGCUCGUGCCGGCGCGGAGCGAGACUGAAUUCAGCGACGCCGUGCCAGAGUUUGUCAGUCGCGCGGAUCUGCGUUGGAGCGAAGGCGUCGGAGAUGAUUUCGCCGCCGACGCGGCGACGUACAGUUUGGCGCACGACGAAAAUGGGCGCGAAAUUAUUUUAGUGUCCGACAAUGCGGCGCAACGCGUGUGCGGGCUGUACGUAGACGCGGAUGCGCCGGGAGGACACAGAGCGAGCGGGGCGAUUGAGGGGACGUCGGCGAUGGGCGUUUCUGGCACGCGUAAGGGCGAUGGAAUGUUGGACACGCUCGUGGUGUGCGUCGACGGCACGCUCGCGCUUUGCAUCGGCACGCACUUGUUGUGCAAACUCGACGCGACGACGCCAGACGGCGAGUCGACAGCUGGCGACGUACAAUUUCUAUCCGACAGCGUCGGUUCCGGUGUGACCGUGCACACGAGUAGACGAGGCUCGAUGCGUGUGCGCGUCCCAGGAUCUCUCGCAUCGCCGCACGCGCGCGCAUUGUUCGCUGUUCUGCGCGAAGUGUGCUCGCAAGACGACUUUUUGGAUAUUUUGCGGCGCAUGUACGCGAGCGAGUGCGUCGGCGCCGAUGACGCCGAAGCCGAGUGGGCGUACUUCGUUCAAGUGCUGCAAGCGUGGUGCGAAGUCGCCGUCAAACCGAGAGCUGUACACGAGCUCGACGAUUGGGAGUUUUCGCAGCGGUUACUAAAAGUUGGUGUCGAUUCCUUGAGUGCCCGAACAUCGGACUCGAAUGUGAACGCGACGCGGGCGAGCGUCGUUUUGGACGCCGUGCACACGAUUUACGAAGCUUCGAAAGUGGAUUUGCUGACACGCUGCAUGUUAAAACCAUUGCGAGAGUUUGCGAUGUCGUUGGUCGACGCGAUCGGAACGACUAGGGAAGCGUACGCAGAUUAUUACGCCCGAGAUUCUGGCGCAAGUAUCGCGCCUUUGAGCGUUGCGGCGGCACCAUUGCAGGUGCCAGAUCUAUUACGCGCCGUCGAAGGAAUAUUCACGGGGCAGUCAGAUUUUCACACACUCGUACCGCCGCUCAUACUCGCAGGACUCGAAGAAAACGCGCACGUCGAUGCAAACACAUUUGGUGGUGACGUCGUCGUGCGUGCUCGACGUGUUGUGAAAUUGUGUCACGUGUCCACUCUUGGUGCGACGAACUCUUCGACGUCUGGCGGAGCGCUUGCGUGCGCCAUGGUGGACAUGGGCUUCACGCUGGAGGAUCUCGAGCGCCUACCGCCGGGCCUGUCGCUCCCAUUCCACGGAAUAUUACGCCGUUGCCGCGACUCUCCCGCUAAUGGAUGGCCAGUUGAGGCGUACAAGCUCAUCGGCCGCCAAGACUUGGCGCUGAUGCAUGGCGACGACGAUUUCAUUCGCGACGAAAGACAACGGCGGGUAUCGCGCGCGCCGGCUGCGACGACGCGAAUUCAACCCGAUAGCGCAUCUGUGUCUGAUGGUCUAGAGCAUCUUGAAGAAUUCGUCGGUCCUCUUCGCUUUCCUAGGGAUUAUAGAAUUCGCGAGCUUCGCUCCAUUCUGAGCACCGCUACGCCGGUUCCUAUUCAGCUCGACGAAACCGAAGGUGCAGGCGGCGACGCCGAGCAAGGUUCACAACAGCAGUCAAAGUUGUGGUUGCUAGCGGCGAGAACUGCGGCCAUGCCUGUCGGUCGAGGAGCGGCUUCUUUGGGCACAGUCAUCGCGAAACCAACCGAGGCGCUCCUCGUCCCUACACUUUGCCUCGCCGGAUGUUUGCCCACGCAGCAGUACGCUGUGGUCAAUCUUGAUCUCACCGCCGCAGACGCACCGAAAGAUUUCGUGAAUUGGCCAGAAUUUCACAACGGCGCUGCGGCGGGCUUGGCGCUUCGAUCGGACGACGACAGUGGAAAGCUCACUCGAGCGUGGAUCGUGUUCAAUCGACCCAAACUCCCGACGUUUUCGCACGCGGGUGUUUUAAUGGCGUUCGGUUUGAAUGGUCAUUUAUCGAGCUUGACAGCGACUGACUUGUACAGAUAUCUCGCGCAAGAACACGAAGCGACGACCGUUGGUACGCUACUAGGUGUUGCAGCGUCAAAACUCGGUACGGGUGAUUCUGCGACGAGCAGAAUGUGCUUUCUGCAUCUGCCGACACGCCAUCCAAUGUCGUUUCCAGAAAUCGAGCUCCCGUCGCUCGUGCAAUCGUGCGCUCUCUUGUCUGUCGGUUUGCUUUAUCAAGGCACAGCGCAGCGCUUGAUCGUUGAAACACUACUCAGCGAGUUAGGAAAGUCGCCAGAAGGCGAUGUCAUCAACGGUCGAGAGUGCUACGCAUUGUCUGCUGGCAUUGCACUCGGCCUUGUCACGUUGGGACGAGGACACAGCGCGAGCGGGUUGUCAGAUUUGCACAUAGCCGAGAGAUUGCGUCAUUUCAUCGUUGGUGGUGUCGCACGACAUGUACCACCUCCCGGCGGUGUCCCAUCUUCAUCGGCAGCGCGCAAGUCUACGUCCGGCGCCGCUGGUUGGCAAGAGUCGUACCCUUCGGACGACGCUUGGACAAACUCUACUGGAGGCGUUGUAGAGGACCAGACGGCGUCCGUCGAUGGUUAUAUUCUUGAAGGUUCGAUGGUGAACGUCGAUUUGUCGGCUCCCGGAGCUAUCAUGGCGCUCGGUUUGAUGUAUUUGAAGACGAACGACGCCUCUGUAUCGGCUCACCUUGAGAUUCCAUCGACGCACUACGGCCUUGACGACGCGCGGCCGGAUUAUGUCAUGUUGCGAGUCGUUGCGAAGAGCUUGAUCAUGUGGGACACGGUAGAGCCAAGUGCAAGUUGGAUCGAAGGGCUACUACCGCCGCUGUUGCGAGACGCGAUGGAUGUCAAAUCUCCCGAGGAGCAGGAGGCGCAAAAUGAUUCCUCAUGGCUCGGCGAAGCCGAUCGCGAGGCGAUCGCGCAGACGUAUGUCAACGUUCUCGCGGGUGGUUGCAUGUCGAUCGGUUUGCGUUUUGCCGGUUCCAGUAAUCCUGACGCAUCUGCAACGCUUCGACAUUAUGCGUUCAAGUUUCUUGAGUGGAAAAAGAAAGUGGGCCAGGACGGUGGGGAACCUCUGGUGAACAAGUCGAUGCUCGAAACGUGCAUAGGCAUCGUCGCAAUGGCGUUAUCGUGCGUGAUGGCUGGAACCGGCGAUUUACCCACGCUCAGACUUUUGCGGCAUCUCCGCUCGCGAAUGGAGACGAGCGCAUCUGCGAACACUGGUUUGACGUAUGGUGCGCACAUGGCGAUCGGUCUCGCGAAUGGCUUCCUAUUCCUCGGCGGCGGCGCGCAGACGUUUUCAACCGACGACGCGUCCAUAGCUGCGUUGCUGAUUUCGAUGUUUCCACGGUUUCCAUCCGACCCGAACGACAACAGAUGGUACUGCCAGGCCUACCGCCACCUUUACGCUCUUGCUGCGAAAGAUCGCUUGCUGCACACGAUCGACGCUACGACGCUCCAACCGGUAUCAUCGCCGGUUGAAAUUACGACGGUGAUCUCGCAAGGGAAAGAGACAACUAUGCAGCUUAUCACACCGUGCCUGCUGCCCGAUCCCGCAGCGCUCGCGAGUAUCAAGAUCAUAUCACCCAGGUACUGGUCCAUACACCUUGAUUUCGCACUCAUGCACGCGGACACAAAGGACGCUUUGUACAAGCGCCGAAACAUUCCGAUUCAAAGGCACACCGCGGCGCUUUCGUACGAAAUCGAUCGCACGGGAGCGAAGGCGCAACUCGCGACGGCACUACACGCAGCCGGCGCGCGAGCUGCCCUCAAGCCGCCGUCUGCGGAGGCGAGUAUAGAUCACAACACCGCACCCGUUGCGAAUGCGACGGCGGCACGAGCAGGAAGAGAUGCUGUGGACGUUUUCACCAGCGACGCGGUGCUGCUCGCGUUCGCGCGACACAUGGGUGAUGGUGCGAGCGAUCGGGCUGGAUUCACAGCCGCGGCGUUACGAGAGUGCAUGCAUAGGGAAGUUCCCGACGCUCUACGAACAUACGUCGAUAUGUACGCAUCGUGUGAGGCGCUCAUUCACUCCACGGAAAACAGUGAAGCACGAGCAAAUGCGGCGGCGCUCGCGGUGAACGACUUGCGCCUGUUGAGUGCGUUCAGUGAAUUAUUGAAAAGAUCCGGACUUGAUGAGCACGACGUCGAAACCACGUUUCCCAUGCCGACAUUACUAGUAUCGUCCUUCAAACAGACGAUUUCGCUUGUCCUUGAUUCCAGAUACGGCGACCAAACGGUUGGCUGCGCUCUCGCCAAGUACCUACGCGGCGAAGGGUACGACGCGUCGAUUGAUACUUACGGUAGGUUUGGGUGUUAUUUGCGUCUGUUAGACGUCCCCACACCUCGAGUUCUUCGUUCGGCGAUAGAGACGGGCAUGAAUCGACUGGGCGCGAGCGAUUUGUCUGUCGCUUCGUUGAGAGCGUGUUUGCCGGAUGCAGACCCGUCCACCGUUCUUCGAAUCAUCGAAACGUGCCUCCCUUGAGAUUAGUUUAGCA